UUAUUUAUAAGUACAUCAUUUUUUUUUAUGUCUGCUAAAAUAAAUAAGGUUACAUAUUUUUUGGGGAGUUCCUUAGCAAUGUCAUCAUGCAUUUGGAUAUUUUAUGGUGCUGGUGAACAAUUUUGUACUUAUGAGAUUUAUGGUGUAGCUGCGCUCAUUGGUGUUGCUGGUUCAACCCUUUUGAUAAUUUCUCUUUCAAUUACUUCAGAUCUUAUUGCAAAUAGCACAACAAGCUCUGCUUUUGUUUUUGGAUGUAUGAGCUUCGUUGAUAAACUUUCAAAUGGCGUUGCUCUUGUUAUCAUUCAAGAUGUCCAUCCAUGCAUAUCAUGUUGUGAUGACUGCAAAUGGUAUUAUAAGUAUGUUCUAGUCUUUGCUUGUGGUGGGGCCGUUAUACUUGGCUUAGUUGCAUUGGGUUUCUUGCUUACACAAUCUAUUGGAGUGAGAAGGAAUGAAGUGAAAUAUUUGACACCAGAUGCAGUUUUGGAGCUGAUGAAUCGUGAUGAUUCUGAUGUAAGUUCACUGUCAGACGAAGAUGAUUAUCGAAGUGAUCAUGGAAGUGAGAUGGAAGAAGAUGAUCCGGAUGUAUCAUCUGACUUUUUUGCUCAACGCUUUUCACGAAAAUAA